UAUAUAAGAAGCUUUGUUAGAACUUCAUAGUUUCACUACACCUCUUCCUUCCCUCUAGCUUUUGUAGAUACAACCUACUCGCGGUGCUCUGUUGGUGUUCAAGUGUGUGGAGACUAGAGACAUCUAGCCAUGGGACCGGGUGGGCCGGGGGGUCCUGGUGGGCCGGGUUUUGGUGGCCCUGGCGGACCUGGAGGCCCUGGAUGGGGUCCUGGCCCUGGUUGGGCUCCGGGACCUGGUGGACCAGGCUGGGGUCCUCCUGGGCCUGGUUUCUUUGGAUCCGGUGGAUUUUUUGGUGGGUUUGGAGAUGGUAUAUGCAACCUCAUUUCUUCAUGCUUCUAUUGUUUGUGCUGUUGUUGGUUGUUCCAAGGUUGCUUCGGAGGUCCACGUGGAUCAUUUGGCCCACCCGGCCCAGGAGGUCCACCUGGCUUCUGAUGGGCAGGCAUAUUGUCCACACUGCUAUUGUCUAUCCGGAAUGAGGAUUAAUCAAGGCCUGGCUUCACUUUGUUCUUGAGUUGUGAUUAGAACUAGAUGUAAUAAUGCAAGGCUAUUGUUCUUGUAAUAUGUCCUCUAUCUUAUUGCCAUUUUUUUAGCAGAAGUCAUGAAUUUGAUACAUCAUACAUCUAGUAAGUGGUAACUCACACUAGAGAAUUUCAUUGGAUGGAGCUCUCUAAAAUAUUUAUGAAUUUAUCCCAUUUCACUUUUCUA